AUGUCUAUAUUGAUAUUCAUGGUGUCCGAUAAAAUGCCGUCAACGUCCUCUUUCAUCCCUCUCAUUGGUAUUCUUGGCAAACCACCAUCUCGAAAAACGAUGCGCUGGGCGCGACUCGUGGCACGAUGUGUCCGAAUGGAGAUGCCGCUUCUCAUGAAGCAGGCCUACGCGCCACUGAAAUUUACACUGUGUAAAUAUAGCAUGAAUCAACUUGCAUUGGUCACGAUCAAUCUUGCCGAAUUUCGUGAAGAUAAAUUGAGGCGCGCACAAGACGGACGGAAACAGAGUUUAUGGCAACGCGUUUACAAGUUAGCUAAAGAACAGGGGCAUAUCAGAAAGCAAUCGAGAUCGAUUGCCAAAAGUGAACGGAAUUGGAAGCACGUCGUCACCGGACAUUCAGCAAUUACAAGUGCCAAAGAAAAGCUGCACAAUCAACACGGACUACCGAGUUUAGGUGACACAAGCGCCUUGGUGGAAUUUUCGAAUAUGUCGGAUGAGGACAACUCGUCCUUUCCGGACAUUGACCUAGCAGCUGCGACUCCGGCCACCCCAGUGUCCAAAUUCCAUAGUCUGCACAAAAUGAGCACGUGUGCAUCGCUGGACAGUAUGAUUCGCAACGUGGACAUGUCAGUAACGUCACCGCGAACGAUACAACGGAAUCUCGCCGAACUGGAAUACGACUGGUUGGCAGCCGUGAUCGAGCGGAUUUUCUUGAUUUUCUUUAUCAUUGUUUUCUUGUUGACUUCUGUUGGUAUUAAUUGUAUUGGUUUGUACUAUUGGUAUGUAGCACAAAAUGACCCUCACUUUGGUCUCGCCGAGUCAUAA